CGUAGACGUCACAACUUCCUCCUCAUCUACUCCACUCUCUCCUCUUUUUCAUAAGCCUGCUAGCUGCUUCUUUUUCUUAUACCCUUCUCAUUUCAUCUUCUUUUAACAAAGCUGGGUAGUUUGAUGCUUUCUUCUUAUGCAGAGUUGGAUCUAGUUUUCUUGAGGAAGUUAAUGGAGACUGAGAAGGCUUCUUGGUUUGAAGAUGAACUUGUAAGGGAACUUUACGAUGAUGAGACUCCAUUGUUUGUGCUACCACAAGAGGCAACUGAACCCAAGUCAAGUUCAGCUGCAAAUGAAGAGACUGUUAACAGGCUCACUUCAGCCGUCUAUUCUGGCCCAACCAUUGAAGAUAUCGAGAAUGCGUUAUCGUUGACAGCUCAGAAUGACCAAUAUUCCGAAGCCCUUUCAAAGGCCAGCAGAAUUUCAUUAAUAGAAGGGGGAUUUGGUAAGCUUGAUCAUAAAUAUACUCUCAAAAUCAAGAGCUUGGGCAAUGGGAUGGCUGAUGAUGGAUAUAAAUGGAGGAAAUACGGCCAAAAAUCUAUCAAAAAUAGCCCAAAUCCUCGGAGCUACUACAAAUGCACAAAUCCAAGGUGCAGUGCAAAGAAGCAAGUGGAAAGGUCCUGUGAGGACCCAGAAACCCUGAUAAUCACCUACGAAGGGCUCCACCUUCACUUUGCUUACCCAUAUUUUCUAAUGACCCAACCAACUCCACCAUUGAAGAAGCAGAAAACAACCAUUUCACAAGCCAAUCCCCAGGCUCAGGAACCCCAACAGCAGCCACAAGAUGCCCAUCAGACCCCAUCAAACUUAAAUUCUGAAGCCCCACCAAGGACACUUGACGAACCAGCAGCUGCAGAUCAAGGACUAAUGGUCAGCCCACAAGGCCUGCUUGAAGAUGUGGUGCCUUUGCUGAUUCGCAAUCCUUCUGCCACCAACGUUUCUUCCAAUACUACUUCUUCGUGUUCGUCUUACCGUUCACCUCCCACUUCACCGUCCUCUCUAUCCUGGUCUCCUGGUUAUUCACCUUUGUGUUUUGACAUGGGCUUGUAUUAAAAUUUAAUGUUUAGAGUUUUAAUUAGGAGAAGGUGUAUAUUUUAGUGGGUUAUAAUUAUUAAUUACAAAGUAUUAAUUAAUGUAUCUUUAUUUUGAUGUCAACUAAAUAAUGAUGUUUUAAUCAAAGUUGAACCAUAUAAUAGAUAUUAAAAUU